AUCCCCGCCCCCCGCGCGAACAGUGCUGGCCGUCGGUUGAGUUUCGGGGGGACGGCGAUUGGAGCUACUACGACGACGACCAAUUGUGCGGCGAACAAAUCUGUCAUGCUAAAUGACAAGGAGACCUGGGAAGAUGAGGAUUUUGACCAGCACGAACUCCGGUCCUCCGAGCGGGUGUUCGAGCUGAUUCCGAAAGAACCGCUGCAGAUUCCGUUUGCCAAGUACAAUGCGGAAAACACGUUCACGGAGCAGUUUAUCCAGUGCAAAAGUUUAAUCGUACUAGUACUUUUAGUUUCACCGGGAUGUCGUGACAGGUCGCACAAGUAAUUCGAUCUUGGACGACGUAAUCCUAAAUCUAUUCUUCCCGAGACGGAUGUACCAAAGAAAUGAAGUUAGUCGCUAUCAUUACAAAUUUUAGCGGUAAUCAUGUAUGAUUCAGUCAACACUUUUGCGUUUUCUUUUAAGAGGAUCGAAGAGAAGAAGAAGUAAACAUUUUUGUGCGAAACGUAUUCAAAAUGACCAACUCCUCACGAAAAAUUCUUGAAGCGACCAACUCCUCCUCUUCCAAGAACCUCUCCCUCACGAAAAAUUCUUCUUCUGCCACCAGCAAGAAAACCCCGACGCUGGCGGAGUUUCACGCGUUGAAAGCGGAACUGGAUUUGAAGAAGAGCGAGUUGGAAAAACAGUCCGGGGAGGUGGAAAAUCAGAAGGUGAUAUGCCCUGAAGAUUAUGUACCACUCCGACAACUUUCUGUUAUAAGCAUGACAAAAACCGAAGUCCUUCCAUGGUGAUCAAGAUGAAAACGGGGAUGAAAAAACAAAAACCUCUGCCCAUGAAGGAAAUGAAAAAAGUAUCCUGUGAUGUAAAAACGUCCCCACCCCAUACUCAAGAUGGGAAAUCUGCAACACAAAUCAACCAGUUUACGUUGCUGCGCACGACAAAUUUUGGCUAGCAUUGUGCUCGUCUUUAGCUAGUGCAGCAGCAUCACAGAUCUAGCAUAUCAUGGCGAUUUUUCGAGCAUCACAAAUCUCUAAUCACCACUAGAAAACGCUUCGCAUGGGUCUUCGCAUGAGAAACAUUUUGAGCAUGCAGAUUUGCAUUACAACUCUGGGAUGGGGAUGUUUUUGCACAGGAUAAGAAGUCGUCAAAGUCGCCGCCUUACCGAAGAAAAACCAGAACAACAAAAACGAUCUCGCCGUGAAGUCUAAGAAGAAUGACUUGACGUUUAACAACAGCAAGUACCAGGCUAUGCACUGCAAAUAUAAGAAUAUGUCACGGUUAGUGGAAGGUUGCAACUUGAACUUGUCAGGCGCGUUCUCAGUUCACAAAAAUCUGUAUUGCAUGAACGUCGAAAGCUGGCGCUGGCCACAACUUCUUGCUACGCAAAAGACGGAUUUAUCAUGGACGGACAUAUGAGCAUGAGGAAGGUUUCACAUCAAAAUCUGUGGUUCUUCUGUGUGCAUGUCCGACUACAUGAUGUGGAUGUGUGUGGUCCGCGAGAUGCAUGACAAACUUUGCACUCUUCCAGACAUCCAGACAUACUUGCACUCUAUAGUUGGUAAGAAGCACCCGCUACUCGGCAUGAUCUACAAGAAAAUCGAUAUGAAAAAACCGUCUGCGGGAACGAUCAAGAUGAAAAUGGCGAUGAAAAAACAACCACUGCCCAUGAAGAAAAUGAAAAAAGUCGUCAAAGUCGCCGCCUUACCGAAGAAGAACCCCUUCUUUCCGAAAGACAGCCUCAACUACAAGAAAGCGAAAGCUGUCAUCAAGGCCAACACCAGUUUCGCGGUCGUAAGUCAAACCAUCAAGCACAUGUCCAUGAAGAAGAGCUCGAGUAACAAGUACCGGGCUUUUUCGCAACCGGUCUUCGGUGUGAGCAAAAAUCCGCUUGCGGGAUCAUCCAAACAACAGCCGCUGCCGGUUGCGAAGUCCGUCUACAAGCAGGUCAUGGCCCCCGCGGAGGUUCAGCAGUACAAGAAGGAAACUGCGUAUCAAAUGCAAAAAUGUCUGGGUCUGGAAGAGUGGAACUUGUAAUGCUGUCUGCGGAUUCUAAAAAUAUCGGUGUUGCAUGAGCAGCAAGAAGAGUCCAGUUCUUGGCGUGCGGAGAGGCCAUUUCUCAUGCGUGAUAAGCAUCAAGAAGCUCUCAAAAAAUCUGUGAUGCGAGGACCUGCAUCAUUGACCUCAAGGGUCAUGCAAAAUGUGCAUGACAAACCCCGACUCUUCCAGACCCAGACACUUUUGCAUUGCAUACUGCGGUUGCCGAUGCAAGUGUUUCCAACGAUCUGCGGAACAAAUACUUGGACAUUUUCAACUACAUAUGAACUGCAAAAGAUAAAGAACCGAAGGACAUUCUUCAACACCCUAUACCCUUUACUGGGUAACAUCAUCAUCAUCAUCUGUACUCGUAUAAAUGCAUUACAAAUUCUUUCAGCAUGAGAAGGAGAACUGGAUUUUUUUGUCAUGCUGUUUUACCUGAAGGACAAGAUUUGUCAUGCAUAGUUACAACCAGCCACCCCCCGGCGAAGGCCGCCGGGGAGGGGGCUGUUCGGUGGAGGUGUUCCGGUGGGGAAGGUGGCGCCAACAUUGAAUCGCUGCGCGCAGAUACACAACCAAAUAAAAAGAGCCCGGUCCAUGUUUCGGCAUGGGCGGGCACCAUGCCCGGCCUUAGUAGCUGCGCGCCGUGGGAAAAUGCGCACAGGAAACUAUUUCCGGGCGCCAACGUUUAAGACGCCACAAGGGCGACGCACCUGCUGCCAGCGCGCGCGGGCGCUGUGGGAAAGAAGUUGCGGCCACCCUAGGUGGCCGACCAGGUUAAGGCGGGGCGCCGCGCCCCCUCUGGGGGACGCAGAGCGGCGCACGCACUUUGAACGGCCGCUCUGAUCUGAAAGCGAAAACAAUGCCAGCCGGUCGCUGCGCCCUAGCGACCUUCUUGAGGGGGCGCCGCGCGCAGACAAGUGGGCAGGCUGUGCGUCUGGAGGUGGUCCACGAGAGGGUCCGGGAGAGGGUCCCGGAGAGGGUCGGGGAGAGGGUCCGGGAGAGGUUCAGAGAGGGUCCAGGAAAGGGUCGGAGAGGGUCCCGGAGAGGGUCCGGGAGAGGGUCGGAGAGGUCCCGAGAGGGUCCGGUGAGAGGUAAAAUAGAGGUUUCCGGAGAGGUUCGCGGUAGAGGGUCGCCUAGAGGGUCGCCCUAUACUACGCACCCUCUCCGACCCUCUACACCCUCUUCCCCUACCCUCUAUUUGACCUCUCCCAAACCUCUACCCUACCUCUGCGCGCGUAUAGCCCCGCUUUAAGGGCGUCUAUACGGCUCACCCUCUCCCGACCCUCUCCGCUACCUCUCGUUUUACCUCUCCCCGACCCUCUCAUUUUGGCCGACCCUCUACUUUACCUCUCGGACCCUCUAUUUUACCUCUACGAAACCUCUACCGGACCUCUAUUGUACCCUCUCCAGCCCCGUUUUCUUCCAUAUAUAAAUAUAAUAAUUAGUAAGAGUGCGAGAAGUACUUUUGCAAUGCAUACUACAUGAGCGUCGACAAGGCGAAACAGGAAAUCUACGAUUUGUUGGUGAAGCCCGCCCUGCCUGAUACAGAUGCGGUCGUGAAUGCGGUACAGUAUGGAAGUUUGUGUUUGUCAUGCAGAAUUGAGACUAGUGAAUGCUGGUUGUCAUGCAGAAUUGGGAUUCGUGAUCCACUAAUAUCAUCGCACAGCCUCCGCUCGCCAUCUACGAUACCAACUUCAAGCUGUACGAGUUCGAAAACAAACCGAUCGUGAGGUAUGGGAAGGGAAAAAUCCGGCAUGGUAAAUGUUUGGGCAUAAUUUGCAUGACAAAGUAUUAAGAUUAACACGUUGCUCUCCCGCCAAUAGCAGCCAGCCACUUGUCAUGCACUCAAACUACCAGACAUAGCUUUUGUCAUGCUGAAAAUCCUUUCCAGCAGGAUAUCGUUUUCGGCUGCCUCGACAUCAACGACAUCGUGAUCCCCUGCGUGGACGGUUUUCGUCAGGAGGUCUCGCGCGUCCUAUCAGAGUGCACAAAAACUCGUCUCUCUACUUCCGCUUCUCCUCAGUUGCAAGGCACGAGCAGCAAUAGGAGCUUUACCAGUAGAGAUGGAGGCUGGUGCGCAUGACAAGUUUCUAAGCCGAUUUUUGCAGUAUUCAUUGUUGUGCAUUUAGGAAUUUGUCAUGCUCACCGUGCCGAAGUGCAGCGAUUGAAUAAAUGGCAUUUUUCAUGACAAAUUGCAGGGCAGAAGUUGUAAAGUGGGACUUGAUUUGCACUCUCAUACGUGCAGGGCUUCAUCGUGUACGUGCCAACGAACGAACAGUGGAUGGUGAUCGAUCUCUGGUCAGUGAGGGGCACCUGCACCCUGCGCCGCACCCACGCCGCGGCCAGCGGCAAACCCUGCCUGGAUACCACACCGACGGAGCGCCGAUUGCUGGAGUUCGCGGCGGAUGAGGUAGGAUUUUUCGUAUAUAUUUAUAGUUUGUCAUGCAAGAUUCGCACGAAGAGCAUAGUUGUUUUACGUGAAGAUCGUGCAGUUUUUCAUUCAUGCAGGAACAAAGGGAUGCUUUUCAAUGUUUGUAUUGCAAAACUAAAGGAAGGUUAUGGUUAUCUACCACUUCUUUCAGGUUUUCACCAUCAUGUUCGGGCAGGACAAACAAAACCCGGCCUACGCCGGCGAGCGCACCUUUUCCCUGAACGUGAACGUCGGGUGCAGCGGCAAUGACUGCGCGGUGUGCCUGGAAAAACCGGCGGGGGUGCGGCUGCAGCCCUGUAACCACACAGUUUUGUGCGGGGGUUGUUACACGGAUUUGCAGGACCGCAUGACGAUUGGUCUGCAGAACCGGUUCCAGUGCCCGUGCUGCCGGCAGCCGGUGGAGGGGGUCAAGCACGCGCUGGGAACGUCAAGCAUCUACCAGAGCAACAACGCGUCCCAGAAGAAGUUGACGACUUACCGGUGACGGUAACAAGGAGCAGGAAGUUGAUCACGGGAGGAUGAUGGUUGCUGGAUGAAACGGAAAGGGAAUUAGAAAGUUUUGAAGCAAAUGAACUGGUGGUGUAAACAAAUUGCUGUACUAUGGUAUCAUGUUGACUGCGGAAAAUAAAGCCUAAACAAUAAAAAUGAAUUUCUAAAGUAUUUUGUCUGGAGCGGCAUCGAGACCACAGGCAGUGUGGAUUUAGUAGACCUUGACUUACUUGUCCUUGUGAACCAGAAAAUAGCAAGAUGAAAAUUAUAGAAAAAACAAUUGCACUUCUAGAACUCGUAAGUACUUUUUUGUACAAAUGCCGGCACUGUCUGAUAGUAAACCACAACGUAUCCUUCUUCGAAAGCAGAAUUUUCAACGAAAUAAUCCGGAAGUUUAACGUGCACUACAUUGAAAUUAGCACUUAGAUCUCACACAACACAAGUACAAGCUAGAAGACGUAUGCAAAAUUGCCUGUAUAGUGGCAAUUGAAUUGAAAACACUAUGUUAAAAUGGACGAUGAAAGGCGAAAGAUAUGUACAUGCGCCUCGUGUUGGAGUUGAUUUAGUCUUAGCAUUGUGAAUUAGUUCGUGCUCUGCGUAGACAUCAUGAUCGGACGUGUGUAUAAUAGUCGCUGUCGCAACUACGAUGCUUAUACUGGAAAUUACUGCCGCUUGCAAGGUAUGAAACCGCAGCCAGAAUCAGACUCGCCUCGUUCUUGCUGGAGGUGAAGACGCAG